AUGCCUAGAAGAGAGAAUAAAGAGCGUAUUAUACCAAAACAAAACAAAGCACUCGUCGCCGGAAUAUGUUCAUGUCAAUUAACGGUCGUUUUAAGUCUCGUCGCAUUUAUUUACCUUUCCGUGGCAAUUUAUAUGCCCUCGUUUAGAGCUUUUAAAUCUGGUUUCGAAACGAUUCCGGUCACUUGUCAAACCGUCGAAACUGUUAUGAUCAAUAAUUGCUCUUGGGCAUCGUGCGGAGAAUGGUGUUUGACAAAAACAACAGGAUUUUGUCCGCAAAUUCACGUCACCGUCAGAAAAAAUGGAACGGAUAUGAUAUUGGAAAAUUGUUCGAGAAUGAGUAGGAGUUCUUGUCCACCGGCCAAACCAGAAACCCUUCACAAAUACAAUUGCAAUAACGGUAAAGAAUGUAAUUCGCUGACGGGAUUAUUUAAUUGUUCUUUAGGACAUUGCAUUAACAUAUCGCAAAUAUAUUUAUGCGAUUAUAAAACGGAAUCCAUAUUUAUCGACAGCGAAAAAGAUAACACGAAAUUAAACGGAUUUUUCGAAUGUAAAAAUUCGAGGUGUGCAAAAAUUAAAAAGGCAAUGACGUGCGACAGAUACUGUCAAAAAAUUACGACUUCAGGUAUGAACGUUUACAUAUCUUACGACAACGACGUUUAUUCGCUGGAUUGUCAAAAAAUGUUCAGCGAUGAGGAAUCUAAAAAAGAAAUUUGGUCAGAAGAAAGGUACAGUGAUGUUCUCUUUGUGUCCUGUACAAAAGUUGAUAAGGUCGACAACAUGACAUUAAGAGGGAACGAUUGCAUCAAUGGAACCCUUGUACCAGAAUCUUCGAUUCCGACUCCAUUUAUCAAUCAUACUUUAUUUUGGACGAUAUACCAUAACAGUACAAAAUCAUUUGAUACAACGGAUGAAUUUCUACCCGAUCAAAAAUCUUUAACCAUUUACAACAUAAGCAGACUUUACAUUAAUUUAGACGGCUGCGUAAAUACUUUAAAGGGAGAAUGCAAAGAAUUUUUGUCAACCCACGGCAAAGAUGGAAGAAAUAGAACGGCAUAUUCUAGAUUUCCCUGCUUUUACAAUAAGGAAAAUUCGGCAAAGGCCAUAGCUAGAUUCGAUCUCGAUAAAACCUGGAGGGAGUUUUUAAUCGCUCUCGUAAUACCGUCUGUUUUUUUUAUCAUAUCAUUUGUAACGUUAAUAAUGAUAACUAGGUCUGUCAAAGUUGGAGAGGAUACCGUACUUCGAUGCGAACUAUUUGAAAAUGCGAGAGUGAGACACAGGAACAGAGUGACGAUAACAAAAGAAGUUAUUAAAGAAUUCGACAACGAAGAAGAAUAUGAAUUUGAAGAAAUGGGGGGCGAAAAUCAAAAAAAUAACGUAAGAAAAUCUCAAGGAAAUAAUGGUGGAGCUAUGGUUCUAUAG